AUGGAUUCCAGUAGUGAUUCAACCGACUCAAAUAUAGAUACAUCAUUUGUAAACUUUCGAAAACUAACUAUAAAAAACUAUAAUCAUGCAAAUGACACAACUUAUGAAAGUUUUGGCGGUGCAACGGCUGAUGAGUUAUCAUUAAGGUCUACUUACUGGCGGAAGAAUGAAAAGGGAAUAACCAAAGAAUCUCGAGCAACAGUACAACAAGUUUUAGACCGUAGGACUCUAUAUCGCCUCUCAAAACUUGCUUCCAUCGGUGCCUUCAUUAGACUUUUUGGCGUUAUCAGUACAGGGAAGGAGGCUAAUAUAUAUGAGGCAAUGGGAAACAAUGGUACUAGAUUAGUGGUUAAAGUGUAUAAGACAUCUAUAUUGAUAUUCAAGGACAGGUCUAAGUAUAUUCAGGGGGAAUUCCGGUUUAGGCGAGGCUAUAUGAGCAAUAAGAAUCCCAGGAAGAUGGUCAAGCAGUGGGCGGAGAAAGAAUAUCGCAAUUUACGUCGAAUUAUAAUUUCAGGGAUCCGUUGUCCCUCUCCAGUAGCACUGAAAGACCACGUCCUCGUUAUGCAACAAAUAACAUAUGGUGAUAUUGGAGUUGCUGCUAGGUUGCAUGAUUACAAAUACGUAAAUCAAUACAUUUAUGCACAAGUUAUCUGCAUUAUGCGUUACAUGUACCAAAAGUGUAGAUUAAUACACGGUGAUUUAUCAGAGUAUAAUUUACUCGUAGGUGAUAAUGACUUGGUAUAUGUAAUUGAUGUUUCACAGGCUAUUGAGCAUGAUCAUGCGGAGGCGAUGACGUUUCUAAGACGAGAUUGUGUCAAUGUAAACAACUUUUUCAGGCGUCAGCCACAAGUGAAUAUUUUAUCUAAUCGCUUACUGUUUCACUUUAUCACGGAAGAUGAAGAUUCUGCGCUAAUCAAUAAAUUGCACAAUACAAUCUCUGGUGGCCCAUCGUCUAAAAUGGAUAAUAUGAAUGAUUUUGAUGACGUAGAUCUCGUGGAAAUUAGUAAAAAUGAUUCUGAUGAAUUAAUUAGUAUUGGGGCCACUGUUGAAUUGUUAGGUUUUUACAAUAAAGUGAGAAAGUAUCAAUGCCGCUCUAUUAGCAAUGAAACAGAUGAAUUGUCAGAUAAAAUUACAAGGAACAGGAAAAUUUUCGAUGAUUUGGUGCAAAAAUUCUUAAAUUGGCAAAAACCGGAGUCAAAGUACUAUGAUUCUGAUGACCUUGAGGGGUUGAUGCUUCCAACUCAAUUUGCUGAACUAUCCGCUGAUAUGGUCGAAUCAAUGCAGCUGUCAGAUCCAGUAGGCGAUCAAUUUGAUGUAAAUAUGAUUUAUGAGGUUGCUGGCAAUGAAACUGUUGAUGAAACUAGUGACAAAACAAUUAAGCCGGUAAGCGAAAUGUUUACUGGGGUCAUUCCUCCUCAUAUUGAUCGCAAAGAGUGGAAGAAAAUGGUAAAGGAGCUGCAUCGCCAGCAAAGAAUGGUAAAGAUCCCUAAGCAUAUUAAGAGGAAAAAAUAG